UCAAAACGCAGUCGUUUUCAGAUUCCACAGGCAAAAACAAGGCCUUUUUGGGUGUUUAUGGCAAAUUGGAGGUGACCCAGAAGAAAAAGUUUCAAUCUUUUGAUGUUUUUAUUUUUCAUUUUUGGAGGAAGAUGAUGAAAGAAAGCAGCAGCUAUUGCAGAAGGUUGAGUAGUAAUGGAGGAGGAGAAAAUGGUAAUGAUAAUGCAAAUAAUAAUAAUGGAUUUGAAGGUGGUGAGUGCAAGUCUUUUGGUGAAAAAUGUAACAAUUUGGUGAAGAAACAAAGGACUAAAUUUUAUAUUCUUAGAAGGUGCAUUGCUAUGCUUGUUUGUUGGAGAGAAAGAGGAGAGUCUUGA